AUGAGUCGCUCCUCCUUCACACUGCGGACGCCAUGCUCGUCCGCCAAUAUCGGACCUGGCUUCGAUGUCAUCGGUCUGGCCCUGUCGCUGUAUAUGGAACUCCAUGUGACCGUGGACUCCUCGAAGAAGACGUCGUCGCAACCGCUCAACUGCGUGAUCACAUAUGAGGACCAGAGUGGGAGCACGGAGCAGAUCAGCUUGGACCCGGAGGUCAACCUGAUCACGCGCGUAGCCCUCUAUGUUCUGCGAUGUCAUGAGCAGCGAGCGUUUCCCGUGGAAACCCACGUUCACAUUGUAAAUCCCAUUCCGCUGAGUCGAGGGCUGGGUUCGUCAGGCACUGCGGUCGUAGCAGGGGUCAUGCUGGGCAAUGAAGUCGGUCGACUAGGACUGAGUAAAGAGCGGUUACUGGAUUACUGUUUGAUGAUCGAGCGACACCCCGAUAAUGUGGCUGCAACCUUGUUCGGAGGAUUUGUUGGAACAUACUUGAAUGAGCUCAAGCCUGAAGACGUCGCCCGCAAGGAGAUCCCACUGAGUGAAGUUCUGCCUGCGCCUGCUGGUGGUGUCGAUACAGGCAAGAGGCCUCCAGAGCCGCCGCUGGGCAUUGGUCACUACAGGAAGUUUGGCUGGGCAAAGGAAAUCAAGGCGAUCGCCAUCAUUCCUGAUUUCGUCGUACCGACCGCCAAAGCCCGUGAUGUGUUGCCCAAGUCAUAUUCUAGAGCGGAUGUCAUCUUUAACCUGCAGCGUGCCGCUCUCCUGCCCGCAGCUCUGGGUACUUCACCCCCAGAUCCCGACACGAUCUAUUUGGCUAUGCAGGAUAAGGUCCACCAGCCGUAUCGACAGGGCCUCAUCCCGGGGUUGACGGAGAUUCUGCAGUCCAUGAACCCGAGCACGCAGCCAGGGUUGCUUGGUAUCUGUCUUUCCGGAGCUGGUCCCACCAUUCUGGCGCUGGCGACCGGAAACUUCGAAGAGAUUGCUGACCGUAUCAUUGCAAAGUUCUCCUCGCAGAAUAUCUCCUGCAAGUGGAAGCUGCUGGAACCGGCCCACGAAGGCACAACGGUGGAGUGGAAGUAA